AUGGACAGGAAGGGGAAAGGAAUGGCAAAGAAGAAGGGCAUAGAUUUGAAGAGAUACUUUGAGGUACUUGGUGGUAGUCGCAGCAGCUCCAACUCCAAUCCAAGUACAAGGGAAAGUGGCAAUGCUGCGGGCCAAUCUGUUCAUCAAAGUCAAGUGAAUACUGCGGAAACAGAGAAUGCAAAUUCCUUGCCCUCUCAACAAGUGGAAGAACAGAUUCCAGAUUCCGUCGAAGCCAUGGUCGAGGAGAAUGUUGAGGUUCUAGGAGAUGAAGGAACCAUGCAAAAAGAACUUGCUAAAUAUUGUGCAAUGGCGGUCACCAAAGCAAUCAAAGAAGAGAUGGAUGGUUGUCUUUUCACUGUUCUUAUUGAUGAGUGCCGUGAUAUUUCAGUGAAAGAGCAAAUGGCUGUGGUUGUCAGGUUCUUAAGUAAAAAAGGAGAGACCAUUGAAAGAUUUUUGGGUAUCAAGCAUGUCCCAGAUACAACAUCAGCAUCUUUGAAGAAGGCUCUGUUGGAGGUUUUUGGUAAACAUGGUUUGCUUGUUGCAAAAUUGCGAGGGCAAGGGUAUGAUGGUGCAUCUAAUAUGAGAGGAGAAUUCAACGGCCUUCAAAAGUUAAUCCGUGAUGAGAAUCCAUAUGCUUUCUAUAUUCACUGCUUUGCCCACCAACUACAAUUGGUAGUUGUUGCUGUUUCGAGAUGUUGCAAGGGCGUUGAGGAUUUUUUUGAGUAUGUGACCAUGAUUGUCAAUGUAAGUGGUUCAUCUUGCAGGAGGAAGGAUAAAUUGCUUGAUAAGCAAAAGCAGAUCCUUUUGGAUAAGAUUGAGAGGGUGAUAGAAGUUUUGGGCAUUGUUGAGGAGGAUGUGCGUGUUCCAUGUAGGGCAGGAGGUUUGGUUCAUCAAAUGGAGACUUUCAGCUUCGUGUUCAUCCUAAAGAUGAUGUUAAAAAUCCUUCGUAUGACAAAUGAUCUAUCUCUUCUAUUGCAAAAGAAGGAUCAAAAUGUUGUUCAGGCUAUGUCAUUGGUUACGGAUGUGAGAACACGUUUGAUCAAUUGGAGAAAUGAUGGUUGGGAGACACUCUUGGAAGAUGUCAAAGCAUUCUGCACCAAAAAUGAAAUUCCUAUACCAAGUAUGGAUGACACCUUCACAAAAUGGGGGAAAUCAAGAAAAGGUGGAAGAAACAAUGUCACUGCUGAUCAUUUUUUCCGUGUGGACACCUUCUAUGUUGCUAUAGACUCCAUCACCACGGAGUUUGAUCAUCGUUUUAAUGAGAGAUUUAUCAUGAGGAUUUCUCUAGUUAUGACCGUGAGCAUAUACAAGAUCAUCUUGAGCUAUUCAUUAUUCAUAUGA